AUGCCGGAAGCUGAGGAAGGUAAGUCAGUUCGUGUCAUGGCUGCACCACACACUGCUGUCGCUACCGGGAAAUGGACCCUACGACAACUAAGACAGACUGAUGCGAUCGUGCCACUUCAGAGCGGCACGAAUCAGUUCGACUCGCAGCGGGGGAAGACAGGAUUCGGAAUGCCGAGAAACACGCAAACUGCUGUCGAAUUUGCCGACAACGGAAAACGUUGGUCGAUCGAGCAACUUCGCGCCAGCGACGCCAUCGUCCGACUGCAGUCCGGCACCAAUCAAUUCGAAAGUCAAAAGGGUAUGACUGGAUUUGGGAUGCCACGUGACGUGAAAGGAAAACAUCUGAAACGAAUCUGGGAACUCGAAUUCCCUGACGAGGCAAUCGCUGAUCGGCCGGCCACCGAAAAUAAUCAGUGA